AAAAUGCAUCAGUUUCAAAUCUGCGCUCAAACAGUUCAUGCAACUCACAGCAAAAUGUUUCGCAAUUUUUUGAAUAUUUUGCUAUUUUUUAUCUUGAUUUUUCAAAUCCGUUACUGUUUAAGUGAUGAUACUGAACAAAAUGCAACGGACGCUUGCACUUGUGAUGUGGAAAUAGAUGUUGUGCGGAAAUUCAUGGACGACUUGGAAGUUGUACAAAAGAGUGGAACCAAAUUGGAGAGUAAAAUGUCGAACAUCGAAAAGCUAUUAAUUGCAAAUCGCGUACCAAAAUUAUCGAGUUGCGCAGAAGCGGCAGGUAACAGCAAGAAGAAUGGUAUAUACCAUAUUCAGUUACAAAAUCUCGAUAUCGAUGACUUGAAAGUGUUUUGUGUAGAAGACGUGGAUUUCGGUGGAUGGUUAGUUAUACAGCGGCGUCAAAGCGACUCCGUAGAUUUUUAUAGAAAUUGGAUGGAUUAUAAGGAGGGAUUUGGCGAUCUAACGGGUAACUAUUGGAUCGGUUUAGAGAAAAUACAUGCGUUCAUAAGUGACUGCGAACAGGAGUUAUAUGUUCAAAUGAGGAGACGUAAUGGCAUGGAAUACUAUGCAAAAUAUACGGAAUUUGUUAUUGCUGACGAGUCGGAGGAUUACGCUUUGAAGAAAUUGGGAAAUUAUAACGGCAAUGCUGGCGACUCCUUCAGUAUAAAUUUGGAAACGAAAUUUUCAACUUAUGAUCGUGAUAAUGAUUUCGAUAAAGGAAAUUGUGCAAAACUGUAUAAAGGCGCUUGGUGGUUUGCAAGUUGCUAUAACUGCCACUUAAAUGGACGCUAUGGCGAUGAUGAAGCCGGUAUUAACUGGGUUUCAAUAGAAAAAGAUGAAUCGUUAGCGUUUGCGCAAAUGAUGAUACGACCAACCCGAAAUUGCUUGAGACAAUUGUUAUUGCGCAAUUUAAAUGCAGGUGCCUAAAAAUUCAUUGGAUUUGAACCGCUUGGAUGCUGUUGUUGGACUAUUUUACUCCUUUAUAUUCAAUUAUGAAAAUUAAUUUUCAAAUAUACUCAGAUGUGUGUCUAUAAUUUCGAAUUUGUUUAUAAAAUGUGUAAAAACGUGUAAUUGAACAUAUAGCAUCUAGAUUCUAUCAUGAAAACGAUAUUAAUCACUUUAGGCGAUAUCUUAAUAAAAAUAAUAAAAAAUGUGUU